CUCGCUGCGUCGACGUGCUGACGCCAUUGACGCCCCGGCUGGUGUGUUUCGGGGUGUGUGUGUGUGUGUGUGUGCGCGCGCGCGCGCGCUCCGAGUGUGUGUGUAUUUGUGUAUCGGCGGUUCCGCAGGUCCCGGAUGUUGCGGACAGUAUGAGGCGAGUGCAGGGGGACGGGGACCAGCAGCUGUCGCCGCCGCUCUCAGUUGAUGCCUUGUUGGAUUAUCUGCUCUGAACCCAGUGUCUGGAGUUGGGCCCCAUUGAUAAUUUGUGGUGUAGUCAGAGCAAGGGCUGAGAAGACGUCCCUCAUUUUGAAAGAUGCUUCUGGUCCUUCGCAUAGGACUUGCUGUGUUUGUUUAUUUAACUGAUGUCCAUUUCUCAUUGUGAAGAAUUGAUUUUGAAGACCCAAUAAAAUAUUGACCUUUGUGAGACAGAGCUUCAUGUAACUACCUCAGGCAAUAAAGGGUGAAGAGGAACAGAAGUCUUUGUCCCCUGACUUUGGAAAUCUUGUUUAACCUUCAAACUGGCGAUGUCAAGGGUUCCAAGUCCUCCACCUCCGGCAGAAAUGUCGAGUGGCCCAGUAGCUGAGAGCUGGUGUUACACACAGAUCAAAGUAGUGAAAUUCUCCUACAUGUGGACCAUCAAUAACUUUAGCUUUUGCCGGGAGGAAAUGGGUGAAGUCAUUAAAAGUUCAACCUUUUCAUCAGGAGCCAAUGAUAAGCUGAAAUGGUGUUUGCGGGUAAACCCAAAAGGGCUAGAUGAAGAGAGCAAAGAUUACCUGUCACUUUACCUGUUACUGGUCAGCUGUCCAAAGAGUGAAGUUCGAGCAAAAUUCAAAUUCUCCAUCCUGAAUGCCAAGGGAGAAGAAACCAAAGCUAUGGAGAGUCAACGGGCAUAUAGGUUUGUGCAAGGCAAAGACUGGGGAUUCAAAAAAUUCAUCCGUAGAGAUUUUCUCUUGGAUGAGGCCAAUGGGCUUCUCCCUGAUGACAAGCUUACCCUCUUCUGUGAGGUGAGUGUGGUGCAAGAUUCUGUCAACAUUUCUGGCCAGAACACCAUGAAUAUGGUGAAGGUUCCUGAGUGCCGGUUGGCGGAUGAGUUAGGAGGACUGUGGGAGAAUUCCCGGUUCACAGACUGUUGUUUGUGUGUUGCUGGCCAGGAAUUCCAGGCUCACAAAGCUAUCUUAGCAGCUCGUUCUCCAGUUUUUAGUGCCAUGUUUGAACAUGAAAUGGAGGAAAGCAAAAAGAAUCGGGUUGAAAUCAAUGAUGUGGAGCCUGAAGUUUUUAAGGAAAUGAUGUGCUUCAUUUACACGGGGAAGGCUCCGAACCUCGACAAAAUGGCUGAUGAUUUGCUGGCAGCUGCUGACAAGUAUGCCUUGGAGCGUUUAAAGGUCAUGUGUGAGGAUGCCCUCUGCAGUAACCUCUCCGUGGAGAACGCCGCAGAAAUUCUCAUCCUGGCUGACCUCCACAGCGCAGAUCAGUUGAAAACUCAGGCAGUGGAUUUCAUCAACUAUCAUGCUUCGGAUGUCUUGGAGACCUCCGGGUGGAAGUCAAUGGUGGUGUCACAUCCCCACUUGGUGGCUGAGGCGUACCGCUCUCUGGCUUCAGCACAGUGCCCGUUUCUGGGACCCCCACGCAAGCGCCUGAAGCAGUCCUAAGAUCCUGUUGUAAGACUCCGUUUAUUUUCCAGAAGCAGCAGCCACUGUUGCUGCCACAAACCACCAGGUAGACAGCGCAAUCUGUGGAGCUUUUACUCCGUUGUGGGGGGAAAAGACUGCAUCGUGGCCCCGGACUUUUAAAACAGCACUAAAUAAACUUGGGGGAAAUGGGGGUGGGGGGAGGGAAGGGCCCGGGACUCGGGGCUGUUCAACCUAAUGAAAACCCUGUUGCUGCGUCACUGUGUUCUCUUUGGCCUGGCCGAGUUUGAUACUGUGGGGAAUUCAGUUUAGGCGCUAGCCCUGAGGACAUCCCAGCGGUGGUACUUGGGAGAAACCUGUCUGCAUCUGACUGAGCAGAACAGAUCGUCAGGUGCCUGGAGCAAAAAGAAAAUUAAAAAAGGACAUUUAGUUUUAAGAGAAGGGAAAAGGAAAGAAGAAAGGAUUUUUGCAGAAUUUCUCAAAAAUCAGUUUUGGGAUUCCAGUAGUAUUUAUGUUGAGAGAAGUUUUAGUCCAUCCAGCUGUGCUAAAACUUGGGUAUUUGUGAGAACUCACCACCACCAUGCAAGUAUCAGAAGAGCUCUCUUGUUGUUAGCACUUAUUGUUUGCAAGAACACAAUACGUCCCGUUACCCUUUUAUGAAAAACAACAAGCAGAGGUGGAAGGGGAAGGAGAUGAUUUGGUCUAGAAGAUGAGUAUUCUGAUGUGGUAGCUUUUGGAAAAAAAUCUUUAUUGGUGUUGAAAACUGGAAAAAAUAAUUCAUCCAGAAUUCAUACUGUCUUGACAAAAACUAUGGUUCUCUGUUUUUAGAUAUUGUGGAAAAUGUUUUUUGGCAUUUUUCUCUGAUUUUAUUUCUUCUCCCCUGUUCCUUUUUCUAAAAAACAAACACACACAAAACAAAAACAGAGCAAAAAGAAAAGGAAAUUUUAUUAUUAAUGCUGUGUGGAAAAACUCCCAGCCCAGAUUGCUCAGCUGUUCAUACCUGACUUGCCACCUGCAUAGGAGCCAGUCCUGUUCCUUCCAAUUCGCCCCUCUUCCUACAGGGGAGAACUUCCAAAUGUUAAUUUUUUUCUUUUUGAAAAUAUAAAUAAUUACUAUUUUGUA